UAAAGUGAGGGUAAUUAUUGUCAGUGCUUUGAGGAACAACACGACUUCUCGAGUGUGGCUCCUCACGUGCAGACGCCGCCGCCCACGUGCAAUACGCGGCCCUGGAUGUGGAAAAACUGCCGAUUCAGGGGUUCCUUAGAGGGCCUGGCUGAGAGGUGCUUUAAACAUUGUGCAAUGCAGGCCAAACAGUGAACACAAAUAACCAAACAUGCCAUUUUCUUCCCGCGCGGGCCUGUUUGGGCCUAAUGCAGGCAACCAAACACGCCCUUAGAGGAUGGUGCGACGAUAUGCAAGACAUUCAGCAUUUACCCCCCCACUCCUGCGACGCGCCCCGCGCGCGUCACUGGAGCCCUAGGUUGGCCGCCGGUGCUCCUCUCCUCCCCCUAGCCGCCGCCGGAGGGCGUCCGCCGUGCGAAGCCCGUGCGACGCGGCACCGACGGGGCCUCUUCUUCCCUUCCCCGUUCGUGGUGGUGGCAGCACAGUUCAGUAGCUUGGCGGCGCGGGGUGCGGUGUCCAGCGGGGCUCCUGGCAGCGGGGACGUCUGGAUCCGGUGGCUGCUGGGCUGGGAGGCGGUGGUGGCGGCGGUUCGGUCGGGGUCAGCCAAAUCUGGAUCUCGAUUGGUGGCAGGCGGCGUGGCUGGUGGUUCUGGUGGGGGUCCUGCUCGGUGGGGAUGGCCUGGUGGGAGCAGCCGCGGCUAGGAGGGCUGGUGCUCUGCCCCUCCUCAACCGUGGGACUCGCUGUGCUGGUCCGCGUCAACCCGGCCGUGGAUUUCCCGCACCGUUUACAGAUGCACGACCAGUACGGCUGCACGCAAACUUCUCGACCGGCCUCUGCUGUAUAUAUUUACGUCGCUACGUUGCAGCUGAUCAAACUCGCGAUGAUGACGACGACUAGCAGCGGUGGCGCCGGUGGCGAUCUGUUAGGCUCCACGCCGGGGUUUCGGUUCUACCCGACGGAGGAUGAGCUGCUGGGCUUCUACCUCCGCCAUCGCCUCGCCGGCACCACCAGGCCGCACGUCGACCGCGUCAUCCCCGUCGUCGACGUCUACAGCCACCACCCUUCCCACCUUCGCUCGAUGGCGGGGGAGGCGAGCGUGCAAGACGCUGAGCAGUGGUUCUUCUUCUGCCCCCGGGCUGAGAGGGAGCUGCGCGGCGGCCGGCCAGCGCGCACCACUCCGUCCGGGUACUGGAAGGCCACGGGCUCGCCGUCCUGCGUCUUCUCCUCUUCCUCCUCAGCCGCCGCCGGUAACAGCAAGGUCAUCGGGGUGAAAAGGACCAUGGUCUUCUACCAGGGCCGUGCGCCCACGGGGGCCAAGACCACGUGGAAGAUGAACGAAUAUAAGGCUGUCGCCGCCGACGACGACACGACGACCGGACACCAGACGACGGCACCUCUCAGGCUGAGGAACGAAUUCAGCGUGUGCCGGCUCUACAUCAGCACGGGGACGCUAAGGUCCUUCGAUCGCCGGCCCCUCAAUACUUCCGGCAAUGGUCAAGCGGCGGCCCGCCGGCAUGCACCGUCGGCAGCCAACACCGCGAGUAUCGGACAAGCCGACAACUAUCAAGGCUGGAGCACGCUGGUGACCACCAGUACCACUGAUGUUGACAAUUUCUGCUUCGACAUGGAUUUCAAUCAACUGUAGUAUUCUUGGAGCACAACCUACCUUCUGGUGCAGUAGCUUAGAUUAGCAGUUCUACUUAACAAUGUAGACACUGUUUCUUGCCGUAAUCUAGAACAGUUUUGCUACCCUAAAAAAACAGUUUUGCUAUAUGUAAGUCGCCUAAAAUUUACUUUUACGUCGUACUUAAUUUCUUUUUCU